CUUGCUGCUUGCCUGCCUGAUUUCCCUCUCUCUCUCACUCUCACUCUCACUCUCACUCUCACUCUCUCCUCUCUCCUCUCUCCCUCUCUCCUCUUCCCUCUCCUCUCCUCUCCUCUCCUUUCCUCUCCGCUCCUCUCUCUCUCUACUCUAUACUUCAUCCACUCGACCGCCUCUUUAGCUCCAUACCAUAACUUGUACUCACUUUCCACCCUAUCACUUCUAUACCCAACUACCCAACCUACCUUACCUUAAAUACUAGUCCAGUCACUCCACCCCCCCAAUCCACUGAUUCCCUCCCACUCUAACGAUGAAAUCAUGAUCACCGGCCCUACGACAACCCCCGGCAAUGGCGUGGUCGGGGGCUACACCGGCCAGAGUAUGGCCCUCCGCAUCGCCAUUGCAACCUUAGCCGCCAUCAGUUGGUACAACGCCGUAGAGCUGGUUAUUCUGGUCUUCGUCACCUUUGCUCAAUUCCGGGGUCCGUACUUCUGGUCGCUUCUGAUUUCCUCUCUCGGCCUCAUCCCCUACUCGACUGGCUUUCUCCUCAAAUACUUCGAACUCGCCCCGGCCGCCCUGUCGGUCACUCUGAUCACGAUCGGCUGGUAUACCAUGGUGACCGGGCAGUCGGUGGUGCUGUACUCGCGGCUGCAUCUCGUGCUACCUAACCCGCGCAUCCUCCGGCAGGUUCGGUACAUGAUCACGAUAGACGCUCUCCUUCUCCACCUCCCAACUACCGUCUUGACCUAUGGCUCGAAUCUCGCUCCCUCCAAAGCGCCCUUUAUCGCCGGCUACAACAUCAUGGAAAAGAUCCAGAUGACAUGCUUCUGCCUGCAGGAGUUCAUCCUGUCGGCGCUCUAUAUCUGGGAGACCGUGCGCAUGCUCCGGCUCGACCCCGACCGCGGCAAGCGUAAGAUCAUGUACCAACUCGUGGCCAUCAACCUGAUCAUCAUCUUCCUCGACUUGGGCCUAUUGGUGAUCGAAUACCGCGACCUUUACAUCAUGGAGACGAUGAUCAAAGGCGUGAUCUACAGCGUCAAGCUCAAGCUCGAGUUCGCCGUGCUCGGCAAGCUCGUCCUUCUCGUCCGGGGCCAUCACAUCUGGAAAUGCGACUCGGCCAUCGCCGUCAGCCCGCCGCCGCCCACCGCCGUGGACAACGACGAGCACUACCACCACCCGACGAUAACAACAACCACCGGGCGUGGCGUCGACUUCCCGGAUUUCGUCGACGCCACCCGCGUCACCUCGGACCUGACGCACCCGGGCACGCACGCGCCCAUCGCGACCCGACGGCGGUCACAUCCCUGGAUGGACAGCGAGGACGUCUCGAUCGCCAUGUUCGAGCACGCAACGUGCACGUCCACGCGGAGCAGCAGCGGUCGCGACCCGCAAACGGGCCACUCGGACGUCUCGCAUUCGUGGAGCGGCGAGACGCAGACGAAUAACUCGUUCCUGUCGACGACGGGCCAGGAACGCGAGCUGAGUCCCUUGGACUUCACGGGCAACUGGGGAAAGCCACAAGGGAGUUUUUAGAAUUCCAUCUAUAUCCUGGCCCAACCCUAUACUUAUUCGCUGAAUAGGUUAUUAUGAUUGAAUGAUUAUCACGAAGGUUAUGGUAUCAGCAGCAGCAGCAGCAGCAGCAGCAGUUUUUGAGUAUCGGGGGUUCAAUGUAGCACCCCCAUAGUAUAUUGGGUGUAGUUAAUUACAUGCACAUAAUUUAGCCGUUAUACCUUCAGG